UCACUUUGGUCUUGUGAUGACAGCCUCUUCGCAAAACUCAUGCUUAAAUAGCUUCGAUAUUCGCAAACCAAGUGCGGAUUCUGCUAAAGAAGGUCCAAGUGGUUCCUCUCGACAACCAGCUUUCAAUGCAUAUCCCCUCGAAUCUUCACCUAAUUUGCUUAUUCCAACAAAUGAUGUGAUAUAUAUGCCAUUAAAUCCCACAAAUGUGCCUUUGUCGCUACAACGUGCAUGUGCCUCCAGUGAGACUGUAGGCGGUGAUACACAGAGUUACAGUCAUCCAAUAUGCCAUGGCUUCAUUUUUCCAAACUCAGAAGUAAGUUCAAAUGAUGCUGAGUUAAACCAGAUAAACAUUCCGAGUAUGCAAAACCAUAUAAAUGAUGUUCCUUACAGUAUGCAGAGCCAGAGUUCGAGCAACGUGGACACAAACGCCCAAAAACAUCUUCAACUCCUGUUGCUUCAAAAGUUAAUUGAGUUGCAGCUUGCCGAACAUUAUAACUCAAUUAAAGACACACUAAUACUAACUAAAGACUCCAAUAAUGAGUCUCAAAACCCUAAAUUACUGCCAUGUUUUGUCAAAAACUCUGACUUUGAUGCAAGUUCUAACCCAGUUUCAACUGUAAACAACGAGAACUCAGAUAUGUCGACAUUUCUGGUCCCUGUUAAAGCCAAGUUUGAGGGCGAAAGUGGUUUGUCUUUACACAUAACUCCAAAUGACGAAAUCAGUAAUCCGACCCAAGGAAGUCCAGUUACCGUAGCAUACUCGAGUCAACCCAUCGUCUUAUAUCCAUUUUCCGUUCAACAAGAUAAUUCUACGGAAGAUACAUUCCCAGCCAGCCAAGCUGUGCCUGAUGCUUCUCCAGGUGGACCAACUGCUCAAACAUUUACGAUGAAGGACAUAGAUCACUGUAUACGGAGAGGUUCUCUGGAUUUCCCUUCUGAGCCAAGCAAUGACAUAGUUGAGAGUAUACGAGGUCGUACGAGACCAGGGUUUGUAUUGUUAAGCGUUCGGCAUGAAAAAAUCAACGCAGAAAAUAAGAUUUCACCAAUUUCUGAGAAACAUUUCCAGGGGAGUCAUCCUCCUAUUUCAACAUCAGCCAGUCUUGAAACAAAGAAGUCGAAAAGUGUCACCAUGUCUAAAAACUACCUAGAAAGAGAUUGAAGCAUAUGAAGAGCGAUGCAGAACUAAAAAGCGACCCCUAAGAGGUUCGUCCAAAUCUCUCCUAAAACGCUCUGAAAACGCUGAAAUGUCUCUGACUCCGGUAGAACUUACGGAGGAUGAUCUUAAAGCUUUAUCUCCACAGUCAAGAUUUCGAGUGACUAGGUUCGCAGACAAAAAGCAAGCCUGGAUAGCUCCUGCAAAGGCAGGAUUCACUGUCCAUGAUUUAUGGACAACUAAACUUCCGGAAUAUGUGUUAAGAUGUGCCGAGCACCUAAAACUAUCAGGCUCUGGUUUAAACUCACAACAAGAAAAACUUACUGAAAUCCCAUAUUCGUUGGACGACAUUAUAAACGGACAUUGUUUGGCCUGCGAGAAGUCACCUCCUAAACCAUGUAGUUGUUGUAUGGAACAGAAAUUCGCUCAAUAGAAUCAAUUGACUUACCGAGUUUAUUUAAUAAUCUAUAAAUAAAUAAUUAACUAUUUCUUAAUUUCAUUAAUUUUUAAAUAAUAUUCCCUAAGUAUUUUAUUAUUUUACUGCAUUGGUUACAUGAAAUAUGCAUAGUGAUUAUAUAUAUAUAUAUAUAUAUAUAUAUAUAUAUAUAUAUAUAUAUAUAUAUCAGUGUGUCCUAUUAUGCAAUCAAUGAAAAUGUUUUAGAAAGUGUAUUUUGUGUUUCAUGCAAUUGGUUCCCUUUAUGAAUUUGUUCUUGCUCUGUUUUGUGUUUGUUUGUUUCCAAUACAAACAUGUUAUAAUCAACGUGAGAAUACAAACACUCAAUUAUCCAAUUAAAUAAACAGAUACAUUUAUAUACACAUAAUUGUAAUAAUGAUUUGAUAAUUGUGUAUUUACUUUUAAUUAUUUUGUAUUAGUAAUACUCUUUUCUUUUUUAAAGAAAAACAAUUCAAGUCUUUCAAGAAUCUGUUGAUUUCUUAAAUCAUUUAAACAAUCAUUACUUAAGUUUUAAAUACUGAUUUUUUAUAAUAAAUGUAUUUAAGUCACUUUAAUUAAAAUGAAAUAACA